AUGCCCCAGCAGCCCGAAGCAAAACUUCUCAAAGACCUGACCGAAGUCCCUGGCGGCUGGCCCCUGGCGACCGUCAUCGACGCCUUCCUCGACUUGGCUGCUUAUUGGCCAAAUCAUCCGAAUGCUAGCGCGGCGACCCGAGCUCGCGAGGCGGUGAGCCGCCGGCUGGCGGAUUUGUGGGCCUCGCAGCCGGCGGAGGCGGAGGCCUGGCUCCAGCGAUGCCGGGAGCUCUACGCAAAAGAGCUCGCAGGUAAGGAGACGAGGCCGGAGGAGCUCUGCGAGGCGCUGCUCCGGCACGGCGCGGCCGAGUGGGGGAAGUACGAGUGCGGCUUCCGCUUUUCCGAGGCCGGGCUCCUGCGCGGAGAGCCGCUCCCGUCAGCGGAGCGGGAGUACUGGGCGGCUGAGUACCUGCAGAGGCCCCACACCCGCGACCGCUGCCGGGAGCUCGCGGAGCGGCUCGUGGCGGCCGAGAGCCAGGAGACGGCGCGGAAGCGGCAGAAGCUCGAGGAGGAGACCGCCAAGCGCCGGCGCCUCGAAGCGGAGCUCCAGAAGUCGCAGGAGGAGGGCCGAGAUCUGCGCAAUCGCCUGGUUGCGGUGGAGGCAGAGGUGUCCGGCAAGGACGAGGAGCUCCAAGCUGCACAGAACGAGAGCGCCAAGUGCAAGGAGCGGUGCGAAGAGCUCGCAGCUCGCGCAACAGGUGCGGAGGCAGCCGUGGCGGAGAUGCGGCAGGAGCUCGGGCAGUUGCAGGAGGAGCACAGCCAGUGCCAAGAACGCUGUGAGGAGCUCCUGACUCGGUUGGAGGCAGAAGCAGCUGUGCAUGCAACGACCAAAGAGCGUCUCUCACAGGCCGCAUCCGAUGCGGCCGAAAGGAGGGUGGAGGUGGAGCGACUGCAAGAGGAGGGUCGAGGCUACCAGGAGAGCUGCCAGCAGGCAGAGGUGGCCCGCUUGGCGUCGGCACCAGAGCCGGGAAGCAAAGCCGAGCUGCAGCUCGAGAAGGAAGUGUUGCAAGACCGCUGCGAGCAGCUUCGGCAGCAGCUUACCAAAGCAGAGGCUGACAGAUCGGCAAUGCUUGGUCAGCUUUUAGAUCUGCGGGAAGAGAAGGGCAUGCAUAAGGAGCGCAUUCGUGAGCUGGAGAAGCAACUGCUUCAGGCGAAGAAGUCCCAUCAUCUCAUCUCCGGUCACACACCGCAUUGCGAAGCUCCUGUCGACGAAGCCUCCAACAGCCAGGAACCAGAUCUUGCCGAGCGGCUGGGGUAUAGCUUCGUGGAUGACGACGGCACAGCCUCUUCGGUCUUGAGCCACUCCUCGUGGUUCUCAGUGAAGCCGGACUCCGUGAAACCACAGUGCUUCAUGGUCGAUGCCAUCUUCAAGACGCGCAGCUUCGGGGCGGACUUCUUCUUAAUGGGGCGAGACCUCAAGAAAGGGUCGCAGGUGGUGGCCGGAGAUGACGCAUCUAUCCUGGAGGUGGCCAAGACACCGGAGAUCUGCGAUGCCAGCGAGGUCGUGGAGUUGCAGGCGGGCACUGCAACUUUGCGGGUGACUCCGGACCACUUGGUGCAGGUCGCCGAUGCAAAGGUGAAAGAGAGCCUCUACCUUGCAGCUGGCAAGCUGAAGGCGGGCGACCUGGUCAUGCUCGACUCCGGCGAGGUCGCGGCCCUCAGCAGCGUCAUGCUUCGGCGUGAGGCCUGUCAGGUGCUGAAGAUCGUCUUUGAGCCCUACCUUCCCGUGGCCGUCUUCUCUCGCCCCACCUGCAUCCUCAGCUUGGGCCACAAGAAGAAGCCGCCCAUCCGUCGUGGCGGAAGGAGCCAGGGAGGCCCGGGUCCCUCAGAUGCUUGCAUGGAUGGCAGAGCCUCCAUCCCGAUCACGGCGGGCGAGUACAUGGACUAG